UUUCUACUCACAACGUCUAACACUCGAAAAAGAAAAGAAACAGAAUGAGCGAGACGACGAAAGGCUCAGGAUCGUAUCCGAUCAAAACCAUCGUCGUUUUGGUUCAAGAAAAUCGUUCUUUCGACCAUACCCUAGGCUGGUUUAAAGAACUAAACCGGGAAAUAGAUGGCGUCACGAAAUCUGAUCCCAAAUCCAACACGGUUUCGUCCUCCGACCCAAACUCUCUUCCUGUAGUCUUCGGCGACCAGUCUCAGUACGUUGACCCGGAUCCAGGUCAUUCCAUUCAGGAUAUCUACGAACAAGUGUUUGGUAAGCCAUGGGAUGCAGGUAAACCGGAUCCAAACCCGGGUCCAGCUACCAUGUCCGGUUUUGCUCAAAACGCUGAGAGAAACAAGAAAGGGAUGUCCUCUGCAGUUAUGAACGGAUUUAAACCGGAUGCUUUGCCGGUUUACAAGGAAUUGGUUCAAAAUUUCGCCAUAUGUGAUAGGUGGUUCGCGUCGGUUCCAGCAUCGACGCAGCCAAAUCGAUUGUACGUACACUCGGCAACAUCACAUGGAGCAACGAGCAACGACAAGAAAUUGCUAAUCGAAGGGUUUCCACAGAAGACGAUAUUCGAGUCUCUCGAUGAAGCUGGUUUUAGCUUUGGCAUUUACCACCAAUUCCCUCCUUCUACUCUCUUUUAUAGGAAUUUGAGAAAGCUGAAAUAUUUGACACAUUUCCACCAAUACGGUAUACAAUUCAAGAAAGAUUGCAAAGAAGGAAAGCUACCGAACUACGUCGUGAUCGAACAACGUUGGUUUGAUCUAUUGUCAAUUCCGGCCAAUGACGAUCACCCCUCUCACGACGUUUCCGAAGGUCAAAAGCUCGUGAAAGAGGUCUACGAGGCAUUGAGAUCGAGUCCUCAAUGGAACGAGAUUUUAUUCAUUAUAACGUAUGACGAGCAUGGUGGAUUUUACGACCAUGUACCUACUCCGGUCGACGGAGUUCCUAAUCCAGAUGGUAUUUUGGGACCUCCACCGUAUAAUUUUGAGUUUAACAGGCUCGGAGUUAGGGUUCCGACUUUCUUCAUCUCUCCUUGGAUUGAGCCUGGGACAGUUCUUCAUGGGCCAAAUGGGCCGUUCCCAAGGUCACAAUAUGAGCAUUCGUCAAUUCCCGCAACGGUCAAGAAAAUUUUCAAACUCAAAGAUUUCUUGACAAAGAGAGAUUCAUGGGCUGGCACUUUUGAAUCCGUUAUUACAAGAGAUUCACCAAGACAAGAUUGCCCUGAAACAUUAUCAACUCCGGUUAAACUAAGAGGGACAGUGGCAAAAGAAAAUGCAGAACUAAGCGAAUUUCAAGAAGAGCUUGUAAUAAUGGCUGCGGGAUUAAAAGGAGACUACAAAAACGAAGAAUUAAUCCACAAGCUAUGUAAAGAAACUUGCGUUGCAGAUGCUUCUAAAUACGUUACAAAUGCGUUUGAGAAGUUUCUAGAAGAGUCUAGAAAGGCAAGAGAAAGAGGAUGUGAUGAGAACGACAUCGUUUAUUGCGUCGAUGAUGAUGAUGAGCAUGUUGUGAUACCACCACAAUCACAUUCAGAAGCAUCAAAUGCUCCUCCUGGAUCAAAAGCGCAAACGUCUCUUUUCAAUAAGUUAUUCUCUUGCUUUGUUCGCCAUGAAAAAUGUCGCCGCCUAGUCUGUGGUAGAUCAAUCGGGUAUCGUCAAGCUAGAGGUUUCUGUUCAUCGAUUGGUAGCAACGGAGAGGCUGUCGGCGCGCGGGGUGUCAUAUUGCGAGGUAUAGCUCUGACUACGGGAUAUAGCUUAGGUAUUAUUUUACCGGGCCGUGGCGAUAGUGCACAGGUAUUUGAGGAGAAGCUGCUAAAGGAUGUGAGGGAUACUCAGGAAUACUUUGAGCUGAUAGAUUCACGAGCUGGUUUAGUGUCUGACGGAAAAUUCUAAUUCUUUUGAAGCUUUGUAUUUAUUUGGUCAUUGUGGAGUAAGGCACACGUAAAUGAAGGAAUUGCUUUUGC